CGCGUGUUUUCUGUUUUGUGUUUUCACCGGCAACCGCCGUCGACCGUUGUGUCGUUCAAAUUUGAAUGGAUGGUGCGGAUUGAUUGCGUUUUGUCCGGCGCUAAGUCGUUUUGUUAAUAUUGUCAGUCCAAUAGUUUACGUUUUUCUUCGGAGUUCAGAUUUGUGUCAAGAUGUCGGCUCGUAAACCCAAGCCUGCACCCAAAAUUCAAAAGAACCAGAAUUUACAGGUGUUCGUUCGAUGCAGGCCGCUGAGUGCAAGUGAAGUUAAUCAACGAGGCAUCUCAGCAGUUGAUAUUAAUGGUCAGAAAGAGAUUGUUGUUCAAGACCGUUGUAACUCCAAGAUAACUAAAACUUUCUCAUUUGAUAAGGUGUUUGGUCCAUCGACUCCUCAGAGUGAAGUUUACCAAAAUGUCGUGGAGCCCCUGAUAUCAGAUGUUUUGGCUGGAUUCAACUGCACCGUAUUUGCUUAUGGUCAAACAGGCAGUGGAAAGACUUUCACUAUGGAAGGAGAUUUUGGUACUCCAAAACGUCUCUCUCCUGAGUCAAACGCAGGUCUCAUCCCUAGAGCUAUGUGUGCCUUAUUUGAUGAGCUGCGUGUUCUUCAAGCUGAGUACACAGUUCGCAUAUCUUUAAUGGAACUCUAUAAUGAAGAGUUAUAUGAUCUUCUUUCUUCUGAUGAAGUUCCUCCAAAACUCCGGUUAUUUGAUGAUGCCUCUAGAAAAGGGUCUGUUCUUGUUCAAGGACUGCAGGAGGUCAUGGUUCACACUCAGUCACAGGUCUUAGAUGAGCUUCAUAAAGGGUCUGCUAAGAGACAGGUGGCAGCCACUCUAAUGAAUGCUCAAUCCAGCCGGUCACACACUAUUUUUACAGUGACUGUUCAUUUCAAAGAAAAUUCGGCAGAUGGAGGAGAAUUUCUGCGAACAGGAAAGCUAAAUCUUGUUGACUUAGCUGGCAGUGAAAAUAUUGGUAGAUCUGGAUCUUCUGAUAAAAGAGCACGGGAAGCUGCGAGCAUCAACCAAUCACUACUUACUCUUAGUAGAGUUACAUCAUGCUUAGUGGAACACCAACCACAUGUACCCUAUAGGGAGUCAAAAUUGACCAGACUUCUUCAAGACUCAUUGGGUGGAAGAACUAAAACAUCUUUAAUUGCAACCAUCUCUCCUUCACAUUUAAAUGCUGAAGAAACAAUUAGCACACUGGACUAUGCGCACAGAGCCAAGAGUGUUUCAAAUAAACCUGAGGUCAAUCAGAAAGUUUCUCAAAAUGUUAUAAUGAAGGAAUACACAGAUGUAAUAGAAAGUUUGAAGAAAAAACUGGAACGACACAGAAAUGGUUCUGGUGUAUAUGUUAAUGAUGAGAACUACAAGCAAGUCAUGGAGCAAACGCAAGCAAGAAACCAAACAAUUUGUCAAAUAAUUGCACAAGCUCGUGCUGUUGCUCAAAAAAAGAAGGAUGCUGAAGAAAUAUUCUUGGUUUUGUUUAAAGACAAAGAUAACAAGCAAAAAAAUCUUGAACAAGUCAAUCAACUUAUUUUACAAACAGGAGAGGAAAUUAAGACGGCCCACAUGGAUCGUCUUGAUGCCCAAACUGAACAAAAUAGUGCUGGGAAAGUUUUAGAAGAUGUGACGAAUAAGGAGAAAGAGAUAAGGGAACAGGCUGAACAAUAUGUGAAAGUAAUUGACUCAGCUCACAAUGACACCCAGAAAAUCCACAAUAAACUUGACUUUUCAAGAGUUGUGAUCUCAGAAAAUGCAGUAGUGGUGAAAAAGUGUAAAGAAAGAGCAGAGUUCUACAGAACUUCGGUUGCAAAGUUGUCAAAUGUCUUUGUUGAAUCUGAGGAGCUCCUCUUGAAACUUUCAGAUGCUGUUGACACAUUAAACAGUAAUGCCAAAAUGCGCCUUAAUUUAUUAUUUCAAGAAAUUCGUGAGCAGCUCAAGAAAACAGCUUCAACUAGUUCAAAUGUCCAAGAACUGUUAGCAAAACAUCGUGCACAUAAUCAGACCAUGGCUGAUGGGAGCAGAUCUAGCUUAGUGACUUUUCACCUUGAAGAAAUAAAAAUUUUGAAGUCUAUUGAGCAGUUGCUGAGUGAUGCCGUAACAGAUUUUAACAAAUUUAUGGUUCUUCUACCAUGUCAAAGUUCUUCUCUCCUUGAUUUUGCUCGUGAGAGUGUUGAAAAGUUAAAGCUGGACAUUCAGAAGCAGACGGACGAAAUUGAAUCACAACAUAAUAUUGCUUUGUCUGUAUCUGAAAUAAAUAUUGAAACUAUUAAAAAACAUUUAGAUGAGCUCUUGUUAAAAGAAGAAAUGCUGAAACUAUGUCAUCAUCAACAGGUGACGCGUGAGAAAAGAUCAGCAAUUGCCCAACACAUUUCAGCCGCCAAAGAGGAAAUCAAUAAACAUAGGCUGGACAUUCAAAACAGUCAUGAGAGGAAAGAGAGCAAAGUAUGUGAAAUUAAGCAGAAAAUGUGUGACAGUGCUGAUUAUUUGACACAGCAGCAAAACAAAAUUUUGUCCCCUGUCAGAGAACUGAAAAAUGCUUUAGAGCCAUUUGCAGUGUCUCUGGAAGCUGGAAUAAGCAACAGAUUUAACACUAUGAGCAAUACAGUGUAUGAUCUAUGCACAGUUGGAAGUAAAUGUAAAGACGAUGUCAGUAGUCUGCUGGAUUCUGAUAGGCAUCCCUCCAUUACCCAAAUAAUAUCUGAAUGUAAAGACAUGUCUUCUGAAAGUGCAGCCCAGCUUCAAUCAGCACGUGAUUCCGUAAAUACUGUUGCUGAAGAAACUAUUGAGGCAUCUAAGACAUUUACUUCAAACCAUGAAGGAAUCAAUCAAGUAAAAUCUGUUAUUGAAGAGAAAGAAGAUGAACUCUUGGGCAUGUUCAUUGAUGGUAUGAAGUCAGCCAACAUAGAAAUCCAAGAACGUUUUGAAAUGGGAAAAACAGAAAUAGUGAGCAUUUUGUCUUCAGAAAUUCAACAAGAUACCCCAACUGGUCAAACUCCUUCCCGACGGUCCUAUGGUCCUAUACCGGCACCAACCUUCUUGCCAUCUCCCAUAAAAAGAACUGCCAAGUCUAAAAUUGAAAGGGCCCCUUGGAAGAAGUUACUUCGUAGCCCUAGGAAACCACUCGUCUCAAGCAACAGCUUGCGGGAGUUUGAUGAUGACAUCAAUGAUGGUAUGGCUUCAGAUUCAGAAUUGUCACUUCCUCACAGAGCACUUGGGUUAAAUAAACUACAGAAAGCAUCAUCGUUGUGUGAUCUUCGGUCGAACAGCAAGUCAGGGACUGUAUUUCACCGACCACGCAUCCCCAAGAAAGUAGUUCGAAAUGGACCUCUAUAGGACGUUAGAUAUUUUUUAUUUUAGAGUUGUAAUUUUAUAUGUUAUUUUAUUGUGAUGACAUGGUUGGUAUGGUCAGUUUUCCUUCAACUGCAAUUUAUUCCUAAGCUAUACAGUAUAUUACAUUUCAUUUUGUAUUUUGUACAAUAUAUUGCUUUAGACAUAAACAAUGUAGAAAUAAAUUGAAAAUGUAAUUAUA